AUGGGACUUAUUCAGCUCGAUUGUGACGCUGCGGCUCUUAUCGGAGUUGCUGUCAUCUUCGGAUAUGUUGUCUCAACGAUUCGUCGAUGGGCCCGCUUGCGCCAUUUCAAAGGCCCUGAGAUUGCGGGCUUCAGUCAGUUAUGGCUGAUCUCACGAGUCGGUGGUGGUCGAACCCAUCUUGAUCUUUGGGAAGCUUGCAAGAAAUAUGGCGAUAUCGCUCGCGUGGGACCCAACGACCUCAUCACGUCCGACCCAGAUCUGAUGAGACACAUGCUCAAUGUGCGCACUCGAUACAAACGCUCGAGCUGGUACGACGCCAUGCGCCUUGAUCCAACAAAAGAUAAUGUCCUGUCCCAACGCAACGAUGAUCUGCACGCUAGCACUCGUUCAAAAAUGGCUGCAGCAUAUUCCGGUAAAGAAGUUGACAACAUCGAAACUACCGUUGAUGAGAACGUCGAACGUUUACUCGAGUUGCUCGAUACGGAGUACAUCGCCAAAGGAAGGCCAUUUGACUUUGGAUAUAAAGCUCAAUAUUUCACCCUCGAUGUCAUUUCUGCUUUAGCCUUUGGUGAGGCGUUUGGGGAUUUGGAGACUGACUCGGAUGUGAAUGGGUACAUCACUGCAAUGGAAGAGAGUAUGCCGACGAUCAUAACUACCACUGUGAUGCCCUGGAUGAUCAAACUGCUGCAGCUCCCUAUCUUCAGAAGUAUGCUACCAUCGGACAAGGACAAAGCUGGUGUUGGUAGAGUCAUGGCGAUCGCCAAGAAGGUCGCGGCCGAACGCUUUGGCCCAAACCCCAAGGUUCAGAGAGAUAUGAUUGGCUCCAUUGUUUCGAGGGGACUGCUUCAGCAUGAGGUUGAAUCAGAGAUUCUGAUGCAAAUUCUAGCAGGCGCUGACACCACUGCCACGGCCAUCCGAGCAACUCUACUCUACAUCAUCUCUAAUCCUCGCGUGGUUAACGCAAUGAGAGCAGAGAUUGACAACGCCAAAUUAAGUCUCCCCGUUGUCACUGACAGCGAAGCACGCGCAAUGCCAUAUAUUCAAGCCGUUAUCAAAGAGGGUCUUCGAAUCCACCCGCCAGUCGUCGGUCUCAUGAGCAAGGAAGUUCCUCAAGGUGGGGAUACCUUCAAGGGGCAAUAUCUACCGCAAGGGACCAAGAUCGGUUAUUGUGCAUGGGGCAUAUUCCGCCGAACUGAUAUUUGGGGUGAAGACUCUGAUGAGUUUCGUCCUGAACGAUGGCUGGAUUGCUCUGAAGAUAAACUUCGUCUUAUGGAAGGGACUCUAGAACUUGUUUUUGGAUAUGGGCGGUGGCAAUGCCUUGGGAAGAAUAUCGCGCUUAUGGAGCUAAAUAAGGUUUUUGUUGAGCUGAUCCGGCGUUUUGAUCUUGCUGUUGUUGAUCCGAUCACACCAUGGCGGUCCAUCAAUGCUGGUGUCUUCCUGCAAUCAGAAUACUGGAUCAAGGGAUAUAGACGAGCAGGCCCUUCCUAA